UAAAGAUGGAAAGAGGGAGAGGAGGAGGAGGAGGAAGGAACCUGGGAGGCUCUGGCCUGCACAGGAGCGUUUAUUCCCAGUCCCAACAGCAGUACCACUACCCUGCCUCCUCCCAGGGGAGCUGCAUGGAGAUCCAGGAGCUGGCCUCCAAGAGGGUGGACAUCCAGAAGAAGCGGUUUUACCUGGAUGUGAAACAGAGCUCCCGCGGCCGCUUCCUGAAGAUCGCCGAGGUCUGGAUAGGAAGAGGCCGGCAGGACAACAUCAGGAAAAGCAAGCUGACCCUCUCCCUGUCCGUGGCUGCCGAGCUGAAGGACUGCCUGGGGGACUUCAUCGAGCACUACGCCCACCUGGGCCUGAAGGGCGGCCACCGGGUGCACGAGCACAGCAAUGACAAGGAGCAGCAUCCCCGGAGGCGGCAGCAGCACCCGCCGCCCUCGCCCCCGGUGUCCGUGGGCUCCGAAGAGCCCCCUCACAGCGUCCUCAAAACGGAGUACAUCGAGAGGGACAACAGGAAGUACUACCUGGACCUGAAGGAGAACCAGCGCGGGCGCUUCUUGCGGAUUAGGCAAACCAUGAGCAGGGGACCUGGCAUGAUGGGCUACUUUGGCCACAGCUUGGGACAGGAGCAGACGAUCGUCCUCCCGGCGCAGGGGAUGAUCGAGUUCAGGGAUGCUUUGGUCCAGCUGAUCGAAGAGUACGGCGAGGGGGACAUAGAGGACCGGCGGGGGGGAGGCGACGAGCCCCCGGAGCUCCCCGAGGGCACCUCCUUCCGAGUGGACAACAAGCGCUUCUACUUCGACGUGGGAUCCAACAGGUACGGCAUUUUCCUGAAGGUAAGUGAGGUGAGGCCGCCCUACCGUAACACCAUCACAGUUCCCUACAAAGCGUGGACACGGUUCGGGGAAAAUUUUAUCAAGUACGAAGAAGAGAUGAGGAGAAUUUACAACAGCCAUAAAGAAAAAAGAAUGGAUGCCAGAGGGGACAGUGGUGAAGAGCAAGAGGGUCUGGAAUAGAGUGCAUUGGACAAAUAACGAAACAAAACAAGCAGAAAUUGGUGAGAGGGACUGACCUAUAGUAAUUCCAAGUUGCCCCAAGUUUUUUGUAAAGUCCUUUUCUGGGAGUUCUUGCUAACUCCGGUACGUAAUGUUGUAGGAGUCUGGUUAUCACGUUAAAUUACACCCAAAACAUCUCCGUAUGUCUUAGGAAAGGACCAACCUCCCGAGUCCGUAUGAGUCAGCUGCUUCGAGUGUUGAAGACUAUGGAAGUUCGCGUAUCAGCACAAACAAAAUCCGGCACUCUGACCUUUAAAUAGUCUAGAUAAGGCUUGUGUUGCACUUAAACACGAUACAAAAGUACCCCCACCCCAAACCUUAAGAUGAAACGUAUCGCUUUCUGCUUAUCACGGGUUUUCCUGGACUGGCUUCUGCCCGUACUCGGUCCAAAGGCUGAGCAGUGCCACUGUAGGGCAUUCACGGCCAAAAUCAAACCCACAUGAAUUGCUGGUCUGUGUGAGGAGGGAGAGAGGUUUUAAAAUUGGCAUCUGCUGGUUAUUGGGUGGGAAACAACAGUCUGUGUGGGUAAAACCUCGAUAACCAGUCAGACCUUGGUCACGUGCUGGUGAAGGGCAGAAGAUUUGUUACUCAUUCCGUAGUUUUGUGCUGACUGGAUAACCUGAGUCUCCCAGGAUAGCAGAGCUCUGCUCGAGCGCUAAGCCUUCUGAAUUAGUGGCAAUGAAUAAUAACCCACUCCUCACUCCAGCCUGCGUGAGGCUGGCAAUUUUUUUUUUAUUAUUAUUAUUAUGAUUUUUAAUGCAUUUUGCCCAAAAUUUCAGAAGGUAUUUUUGUACGAGGUGUGUUACGGGUUCCAGCAGGCGACUGUGGAGCGGGCGUGGGGAGGUGGAUGGAACGCUUCUCUCCCAAGCGUGAGAUUAAUGCGGUCACGAUGUUACCUGUGCCAGGAAAACACCCUGGGCGUGAGAAAGGCCUCUGGGGGGUUUGGUGCACCGUUGCAUUCAUAGGCAAAGGCAUCUCUGUCAAUGCUCGCCCGCGGCGCGUUUCGGGAGCCGUGGUGGGCACCAUGUCGGGUUUUCUGUCCUGUUGAUUUUCCAGGUGUUGUCGUUAGGAGGUGGUAUCCAUGCCCUGCCAUCACCCCCCUUUCCGACUCGCUCGGAGCUGGAGCUGCCAUUGAGCAGUUCCAGUCCAGUGUGGGUGUCGCCCCGCUGGAGCCUUUGUGACGUCAAGUUUUGCAUCUCACGAUAUCAACUCUCUGCCUGGAGGGAAAAUGGGUGCAAUUACCCGACUGGGAGGUUGAUGAAAGAUUUUGUUGUUUCUUAAAACGUGAAUAAUUUAUAAUGUAAGGGGCUUGUCCACUAUUUGGGUGACCAGCUCCUUCCCCUGGAACCAGCGGGAGUUUGAUUGAGCUCCAGGUACUUCCAGUAGCGUGCUGCUCACCUUUAAGCUUGCUUGAAAUAGGCAUUUCCAUGUCUAAUGAGAAAUUUGUAAUCAUUCGGAUCGUUUAAUUACAGAGUGGCCGAGUGUGCACGUGGGACCAGCUAUUUUUCCAUGCAGCUAUUACAUGUUUUAUUUUUUAAUCUUUUGAGAAACAUAUUUGUUUCCAACCAGACCGUUCACCGCUCCGAGUCUGGACCCACCUGCAUGACCACACUCAAUCCAAAUGCUGUUGCCUGUUAACGUCAUAAUGAGAAAGGUUGGGGAGGCAGGGUUGGGAACCAAGAGGAUAAUCUGGACUUUAGUUUGGGUACUAAAACUGGUUGAUCUGUUUUAACUUAGGAAAAAAAAAAAUUUAAAAAAAAAAAAUAAAAAAAAAAUAAAAGCUUGCACCAAAGUCACCAAAGAACCUUUAGGAAAAUGUUACGGUUGUGACAAGUAAGAAAGUUAAUUUCACUGUUUUAGGUGAUUCCCCCUUUAAAACCACAUAUAGCAGUUACAGCAACCAAGCCUUUGGCUUAGUGUCAAAAACUCCCAUCCCUUUCUCCACAGAUUGCUCUUUCAGGUCCUUUUUCAAACCUGGAGGACAUGUUUUUGCUCCAUCACUUGAAUCGCCCGCGGACCGUGAUGAAUCAGCAGGGGUUGUACGGGGCGCUGGUUCAUCAUCGCUCCCGUGGCUUUGGUCCUAAUGGUUUUAACAGGUCAAUUAAAAAAAAAAAACAAACAAAAAACACAAACCCCAACAUUAAAAUAACUCUACAUCCUGUCAUUGGUGUGAAACCAGAAUUUAGUGAAUGAGUUGUUAGCGUAUCGCUGACUGCUGCUGCCCGUCACAGUGCCUGAGGUAAAAAAUUCCCUUCUAGUCCAACAAGCCGGAGCUAUGAAUGUACAAACUUUUUACGCUCUCCUUCCCGUUUCUACGUGGCUCGACAUCUCCCCAUCCCUGCCUACCUUUGCCUCAAGGGAUCGUAAAAGCUCCUGCGUUGGAAUUAGCCCGAGUGACCACGUGUGUUGUAAGUGAUCAUGCCUUCCCUGUGUUCCUGUAGUGUUGGUGAGGAAAUUACUCGUCAUUGGAAAGGGAUGUUUUCUUCACCGUUUUAAAAGGAAAAAAGGAUGCAAAAUGGCUUUCCUUAAAGCUGCCCAUUUUUUAAAAAAAACCUUUAUCUUUUGUUGAUUAAUUGGCCUUCCGAUGUCAUUAGAUUGUUAUAAAUAUCACCCAGGAAUCCAGCGUCUGCUGGCUGCCGGGCUGGGCUCGGUUCUGGCACGCAGGUAUCCCGUAGGAUCCGCUAAUGCGUUUACUCCCCUGGCAUGGGGUGCACCUUAGUAUCCAAACCUGGAUCGGGAUCUUCACGUUCACUGCCGAUCACCCCUGGGCACACCGGUAGCUACGGGUUUCCACCGCGAUGGAAAGAACCGGCGUUUGCAGAUGUUGGGUUGGAGAGUAAUGGGUUCCCACGUGAUGGGAAGCACCGGUGUUUGCAAAUGUUGGGUCGGAGGGUAAUAUGGGUGCGCUGCCAGUGCAGCAAUGCAAGUCUUGAACGGUGAGAUUCGGAAACGGGUUCCUUUGUGUUUUUGGCAGCGCGUCUCCAGCUUCCGAGCGCGGUGGCAGCGCGGGCUGCUGGUGUGCAGGAGGGCCCAGCGAGAUGCUCGGGAGCACCAGAUCCCUGAUGCGUUUUAAAUGUUCGUUCCCAACACCCCGAAACUGCCAUGUCCCUUAAACUUGAGAAAACACAAGCUUAUUUGCACUAGAAAGAACGGCCAAAAACAAUCCUUAGGAGGACAGGGUGAAGAGCACCGGUCUGAACCUCUUUUUCUCAUGAGAGAAUUUCCUACUCGAGCCCUCACCUCUGUUUCAAAAUUGUAUGGUCCCGGCAGAAAGUCUGUCAGUUGAAUGAUUAAAUCCUAAUGCACUUUAUAUUGUGUAAAUAAUAUUAGGAGCACAUUUCUGCUCCCGCUCUGGUAAGGGGAUGCUUUGAUAACGUAGUCUAAUGCUGAGAGAAGCUGUCUCCUGCAUGCAUGUGUCUGUUAGAGACCUGUUGCACCUGCUCGGUCCAGCUCCGCUCGUAUGUUAGAGGAGGACAGGCGCUGUAUUGAGGAUCCUCUCAAGCCACCCCGGGUGGGAUGAUUUGGUUUUUUAAGAUGCAAAUGUGCAGAGCUGCCGAGCGUCCUCAGCUCUGCCGUCGUGGUGGCUCCUCGCCCCUUCUGCAGAUCGGGCCCCCUGUGUUGCUGUCGAGGCUUAAAACUGGGCUUUUCACGUCUAGUCUUGACAAAGCCAAGUCCAGCAUCUCCCUCGUUCUUGGCUUUCCCCGCUGCUGGCGCAGAAGGUGGGGCGGUCCCUAAAAAGCUUAUCCCGGGUGGAAAGGGCCGCGGGGGCUUUCCCUUGCCUUUCAGCUGGGGGGGGGGGGGGUGUUGUGUUCAGUCCGGCCCCUCGAGCCGGCUUCCUUGGGAAAGUACAGAGCUAUGGAAGGGUUGGGAAGCGUUUUGCACUGGUGUGGUGAGGGCGGCCCGCCGGGCGCUCCGAGGGGAUGGCAGACCCCACCCUCGGGGGCUCCUGGCGUGGAGCCUGGACGAUGGACUUUACCCAGCGAGAAGCUGCAGCGGUUAUUGGUAUCUACUCGUCGUCGUAAGUGUUUCUUAUCUGUAUCCGAUAUAUACCAAUCCAUAUUCACAUAUAGGCAUUACUAUAUUUAUGUGACUAUAUUGUAGCCUGUAGUAGCUCGUAGCGAAAUUAAUCUUAUUUAUCUGAAGUGCGCAGUCUGAGGAGGGGGCGUCUGCUCCUGCCACUGGUCUGGAGAAACGUGUUAGUUCACCCAGAGCUGGCUGGGAGCUCUUGGUCACGGCCCUCGUGAGCAUCCCUUAGGUUUUCAGCAAGGCUGAAAGGGAAAACGUAGUCAAAAGGAGGCAAAACUCUUCCUUGGAGGCGUCGUUGAGGCGAGGCGAGAGCUGUGCGGAAGAGGCAGCUGCAGGUACUCCUGGCCACGUUGUGUUUCCAUGCCAUUUUACAAGCCCUGGCUCUGCAGAUCUGUACUACCAUGUUCAUAAAAUCCCAAGCAGAAGUAUUAAAAUCCCAUCCUUUAUACAAAAAAACCCCCAAGCAAUUACCAAAAUCAAUGUCAGCACAUUUGUUUUUUCAGCUACAGAUGUCAUAGUCUGGUAAUUGCAUCAUUUUUUUUCCCCUAUGGCCUAUUGCAGUGCCCUAAACUCCCAGGGAAGGGAGUUGGUGGUGGUUAGGAAGCCUAGUGCUUGCGUGACUUGCAGUCCUGUUAUCCAAUCCUAGUAAUUUUUAUAGCAGAAAAAGGUUUAUUAUUGUGUAUUUUUAUUGGGCAGAUUUUGCACCAGGUCAAAAAUUACUUAAUAAGUGAUUUCAAUUCCAUGGCAUUCCCACUUUUGCUGUACAUACAGUAGAUAUAUACAGUUUAUGAAAGAGUUCCUAAAGAGAAUUAGACCUUCUGUUUAAUUUUCUAUGCUGCUUCCUCCAAAAUUAAAUUGCCCUUUAUUUUCAGUUACUUAAUGUGUUGUGCUGUUUAAAAUUCACCUUUCCCCUCCUACCCCUCCAUUCCUUUCAAAUAAAGGUUGUGUUUGAAAUGAA